AUGUACAUGCUAUACGUGAUGCAACUGCCCGGUCUCGCGUUAACAGACACCGAGCUACACCAUGAUGCUGUCGGGGGCGAUUGGACCGAAAGCUCUCUGGACGCGCCACGAAUGCUGGCACAGCGCAUCUCGACCCGACGAUUACAGCUUUGUUUUGGAGAUGUCGGUCUGCUUUCCAUCUUGUAA